AUGUCGACGCAUGGGUUAUCUGGAGUUCUGGAUCGCACGAAAACUAGGGGACCUGGCAAGCGUAUCCGGUUCCUUCCAAUUUUUAUAAGCUGCAAGGUCUUCUUCAUGAAUCCAGACUGGUUGCAGCAAGGUUGGUCCAUUUGGUGUUCCGCUGAGUUUCAGUUUGAGAGAGAUUACUUUCUGCCGUUGCCAAACGCUGAUGGUUCAGCGGCUAUGCGCUCAAUGGCUACAUACGCAAGGACUCUGGCUUUGUCGAAGCAAUUCUUGAAGUUGUUGCGAAAACCAGCUUGGGAUGGUCACACCUGGCAGCUUUCUUCGCUCCCUUUGAUUGAGGCAGAGGCGGCUCUGUGUUUCUGGACUGAGCACUCAGAGCGCAACUGGCUGGUGUCCGUAUUAGCCAGCCUAGGUGUGCCGCGCGAUAAGCGCGAUUACGUAGGUCGCUGGCACAUAGUGGCUGCGUCAGAUGAAUAUGUUCGAACUGCUCGUCAUGUGGUGCUAUCCCUGCAAGAAGAGGCCUUACGCGGUGUCUGUUUGGACGAACGCUGGGACUUGCUGAAUGGGGGCCUGGAAGAUCUACCUUCUUUCUUGCGAGAGCGUGGUUGUGGCGAAAGGCUUGUCCAGUCACAGUCACAGGCUCUUCAACUGCGGUCAUGCUUGCGUGUUUGCUUGGGACCUCAGCAUGUGCGGCCCAACAGUGCUUCUGCGGCAGACGCGCCUGAGGUGGCUGCUAGAGCGCCUAUGCCGGCAAUUCUGCAGGCCCAAGCAGAGGAGCUACCGCCUUUCUACACUGCCAUUGUAGGUAAAGGUCGCCUACGUCGGCUGCAUCGCAAAGGAGGAUGCGGCACAGCCUCCAGGGAUCUGCGCGAGAUGCUACCGGUGUUUGAGCUUCAGGAUGCUGUUUACGACUCCGCUUGUAAGCAUUGCUGGCGGAACGGGGAGAAUCCGGGUGAGGAUGCUGGAGAUGGGGCUGUACGUAAGUUUCACACUUGUUCUCACUACAGCGGCCUCUCUGACUGCUGUGGCAGUGUGAGGCUCAGUGACGUUUGCGCCAUAUGGUCAUUUUCCUUUGGCUCAAUCACUUGCAUUCUGCCGGCGUGUACAAUCUGUUCGUGGUCAUUCAUGGCAGACUCUACUACAGAUGCAGCGAUGAUGGUGAAAGCCGACUCGGACCUGAAGUUCCUCAUGGACGACGUGGGUGUGCCAAUUUCCGUUCAGCUCCUGGUGUAUCGCAAGGGCUUUACUUCAGUGCAUGUCUUCGCGGGCGUGGAUGAUACUCGUCCAGAGGUCCGUCAAGCUUUGGCCAAAGAACUGCCCUUGCAUUACACGGAAAAUGCAGAGUCGCGUGUGCACAUGGCCUUGCUCCUCUCUGUCUGGGACGCGUGCCGGCGACAGUUGAGUGUGACGGAGAAGAACCGCGCGGAGUCCAAACUUGGGGUGCAGGACAGAGUGGUGCAAACAUCGGAGUACGCAGCCAUGCGCCGUGCUGUGGAAGACUACCAUGGCACCUUGUCCGACAAGGAGUUGCCCAGCAAGUCUUUGUUGGCUCAGAAGCUCGAGCAGGUUGAGGAGAACAAUCCAGUCGUUGAAGAUCUUCGAGAUGCAACUAGCUUAGAAGAUGCUGAGACUGAAGCCUAUGCUGCCGUAAUUGACCCAGCUUCUUCGUGUCUGCGGAUAAAACCGGGGCGCACCAUGACAGUGCCGCCAACCACCCCGGAAGAGCUGCGCCUUCGUCAUCGUCGUCUGGGGCUUGCUUGGCACAUGAUCCGAUCCAAGCACACGACUCGCUCUUGGUUGCCUGAAAGCAUCGUGGAUGCCUUUCGUAGAUUGUCUGAUUUCGUGCUUGGAGAUAAGGUUGCAGGGUUAAAGGCGGAGGAUGGUCGUGUUCCUAAGUGGAGUUUGAUUCUGAAGUUUGAAUCAGAGCUGCGCAAACGAGCAUAUCAGUCUGUUCGUGAUGGCGCAGUGGGCGAUCUUGGCGCUGCUCUGAAGGCAGCUUGUGCAGCUCCGGACCUCUUCGCCUUCCACUUCGUGACCCCUUUCUCUCUUGGUGGUUGUGCUGCCAGCCCAGGUGGCGCUGGGCAUGUCGAGGCUGGGGCCGGCUGGAAGGGUGCGGGAAAAGGCCUCGACAAGAAGGGCGAUGGCAAGGGAAAAGUUAUGAAGACCAUCGCGAAGCACAAGUGGGGCCCUGAUGGGAAGCUCCUCUGCUUCCGAUUCCAAAAGAAGGCCGGUUGCCCCCACAAAGAUUGCAAGUUCUCGCAUUUCUGCCAGCGGUGUCUGCAGCCCCACUCCUACAGCGCAUGUCCCUAUGUGAAGCGUGAUGCUGCGAUGGUGGACGAUGGCACGCAUGCACCUUGCUAUGCCAAAGCCAAAGAUCCAGCUGUCUUAGAGCACGGACUGCGUGGACACGGAGCAGCAAUGUGGUCAAACCUUCUUGGCAAGCGCAGGAGGAGCUCUGCGGACACCCCGUCGCUAGCUUUCGCGGAAAAGGUAGGCGCUGACCUUCUGAAGUUGCUGCAUGGUGUUCUGGAUGUGCGCAUGCUUGCCAUCAAGCUGGCUGCGGGCAAAGUAGUUGCGUGUCCAUUUUCUGCUGAAGUCAUCGAGGCUGGGCGUGAGCUUGUUUUCAGGAGUCUUGAGUCUGCGGGUCUGCCGUGCAUGGGAGAAAGGGAACUUUUCAGAACAGAUGCGCGUGCCGAGGGCAAUGAGGUGUGGAUCGGCGGGUGGGCCUUGGACCAUCGUGACACCACUCAGUGUCGUUGGUUCUCCGAGAAGCUGACGCAUAAGAACGCCCCUUGGCUCUUUGCGAGCGGUGAGUCCUACCGCCAAAUUGCAUCGCUUGAGUUGCUCGCGACGCUUGCUGCUGUGGUGCUCUUCGGAGUGCCAAAGGGCGACGUCGGGCGCAUUCGCUGCUCGGCAGGCACAGACAACCUGGGCAACACACACGUUGUGGCGCGGUUGUUGACCACCAGCUUUCCACUAUGUGCCUUUCUCAUGGAGCUUGCGACACAGCUGCAACGCCUGGGCACGGAGCUGCACCUAGAUUGGCUGCCGCGUCUACAAAACCGAGAAGCGGAUGCGCUCACGAAUGGAGACUUUGCGGGUUUUUCUGAGAGCCGGCGGAGGCGCUUCAACCUGCAGGAUUUCGAGGGAAUUGUUCUGCGUGAGAUGCUGGGCGAGGGCCUCGACCUGUAUGAGGACAUCCGUGAGUGCCGGGCUGCCAAGCGAUGGAAGCGCGAGAGCAAACUACCAGCUGCGGAAUCCUUGCGACAGAAGGACCCUUGGCAGUAG